AACUUUUCUUCCACCGUCAAUUCUGUUUCUUGCAACAAUUAAACAAUGAGGAAAGCUAGAAUGAGUCAACUUUGACUUAGUAGCUAGUAGUUAUAGAGCUACAUCAAAUUUUCAGCCAUUUGACUAAAACAAAAACGUACCAAUAUGGUACACCACUCAGUAUGAUCUACACAAAUCUAUCGACGAAGAUAAACCAUGAAAAAAUCCAUCAAACUAAUCAUAUUUCAUCUCAUCUACCUCUAUUUCCUAUGUAAACCAAAGAUGAUCAACAGUAUCGCUUGCUGCAAAACCAUGAAAUGCAAAGGCAUCGACAUCAAAUUUCCUUUCUGGUUAAAACAUCGACAACCCAAGUCUUGUGGCUUCCAAGGAUUCGAUCUAUAUUGCGAUGACAAGCUAGGUCCCCUCCUCGAGCUUCCGAAAACCGGAAACUUCACCGUAAAAGAGAUUUAUCACAGAUCUUAUUCAAGACAUGUAGAGCUUUCGGAUCCGAAUGGUUGUCUUCCACAAAAGUUGUUUUCUCUAGAUCUCGAUAAAACUCCAUUUCGGGUAAGCCAAACCAAGGAAUUUUCGGUGUACAACUGCUCUGUCGAGGCUGUUGACGAGUUGUUUUCCGGCAGUGAUAAAAUUGAUUGCUUAAGUGGUUCAAAUUAUUCGAUAGUAAUUCCAAACUCAAUAAUUAGUUACACCUUUGGUUUCAGUAGUCAUUGCAAGUUAAUGAAGGUUGUUCCUUUACCAGCAAACGGCUUCGUUAACUCCUAUUUCCCAAUACUAUCGAGUCUUCACCUCACUUGGGAUGAUGAGCAAAUGUGUAAGCUACCUGACCGUAGCUGGGUAACACCAGUAGCAAUAGUUUCCUGUUUGAUUCUAAUUUGCGGUUGCUGCUUUUGGUUCGCUCGGAUGUCAAGAGGAAACAACGAACAACCAACUAUUAGUACAACACAUUCAAAUCACGCCGUCUCCCAUGGACAAACUAGUACACCGUCAGAUGUCCCUGGACUCGAUCAAAUCACGAUAAGCUCAUAUCCAGUGGUGGUUAUUGGCAAGAGCAGGCGUCUGAUCAAAUCAGGCGAUGACAAGUGCUCUAUAUGCUUGUCGGAUUACAUCCCCGGCGACACCCUUAAAAUAUUGCCGGAUUGUCUUCAUCGCUUUCAUGUUGAUUGUAUUGAUUUAUGGCUAUCUAAUAGAGCUACUUGCCCUGUUUGUAGAACAACCCCCCCUCACAACUCUUAAGCAGCGUAAUUGUUGUACAUCUUGUCCAGUGAACUGUAUAGAUCGAAAUGGAAUAUACUGCUUGUUCUUUAACUUAACUAUCUUUGAACGGGCAGUUAUAAAUUUAUAUAUUGAAAAGUUUUGUU